AUGGUCGACGCUCCCGAGAGUCCUAGGCCGCAGGAACAAACUCCCGCCAAAACCGGCUUCCAGAACGGCGUUCGAACGACGGGCCGUGCUUUCCACUCCCCCAACUGGCGCAUGAAGGGCGAAGAGAGCCCUAGCGGCGCCGGCUCCCCCGGCCCCAAGACCAAUACCUCGCGAGUCGCGUUCAGCAAACCGAGUCCCCAUGUCCCGCAGGCCAUUUCGGAGGGACGUCGCCUCUACGUAGGCAACAUGCCCUACACGGCCAAAUCGGAGGAUGUACAGGCACUGUUCACGGCCGCCGAAUUCCCAAUCGAGCGCAUCGAUAUCGCCAUCGAUCCCUUUACCGGCCGGAACCCGUCAUACUGCUUCGUGGAUCUCGAGACGAAGGAAUUAGCUGAGCGCGCGAUGGUCGAGUUGGACGGUCACGAUAUGCUGGGCCGUCCUGUGAAGAUCAAGCCGGGUGUGGUUAAGUCGCAAAGCGAACGGUCUCAGCAGCAGCAGCAGCAGCAGCAGCAGUCGCCCCGGACGGAUGGCUCCCCGCGUGCCACCAGAACUUCCUCCUCCCCCUUCGGUAUGGACCGAUGGCGCCGGGACGACAGUGCCCCUACUCCUCCCGCCGCCCCCGUCUUCCAGAGAACCAAUUCCGAUUCGAGCCGUCGUCUGUACGUCGGGGGACUGCCCCGCGUGAGCGACCAGGAAUCGAUCACCAGCAACAUCACGAACUUCUUCAAGGGGUUCAACAUUGAGAACAUCAGCAAACUGUUCAGCCCCCACCCCGCCAAGCGGUUCGAGGCUGGUGACCAUUACUACCUGUUCGUCGACUUCGGCACUGUCGAAGAGACGCAGGCUGCCAUGGACGCCUUGAACGGCAAGGAGGGGCCCUGGGGUGGUAACAUCCGAGUGCAGAGAGCCCGCGGAGAAACCUGGAACUCGGAGGAGAGAAAGAACAAGUGGUCGAGUUCUCGGGAGAAUGAAGCUGCUCCCGCCGAGAUUGCGGUCGAUGCUUAA